AUGUUGAGGAACAGUUUGAAAUUGAAUUCUCUGUCUAGCAGAUUGAUCUCAACUACUAGGAAAACCUUGAUGCAAGGCACGGAAAUCUCGAAAUUAUCUAAUGGUUUAACUGUAGCUACCGAAUAUAUGCCAAAUACAUCAACCGCCACAGUAGGUAUUUAUGUGAAUGCAGGUUCUAGGGCAGAGAACGUCAAGAACAAUGGUACUGCACACUUCUUAGAACAUUUAGCUUUUAAGGGGACUUCAAAGAGAUCACAAAAACAAAUUGAAUUAGAUAUUGAAAAUAUUGGAUCACAUUUAAAUGCUUAUACUUCAAGGGAAAAUACAGUAUACUAUGCAAAAACUUUAAAAGAGAAUCUGCCAUUAGCAGUUGACAUUUUGAGUGAUAUUUUAACUAAUUCUAAAUUAGAGAAAAAUGCAAUUGAAAGAGAAAGAGAUGUUAUUGUGAGAGAAAGUGAAGAAGUUGACAAAAUGUAUGAUGAAGUCGUAUUUGACCAUCUACAUGAAAUUGCUUAUAAAGAUCAACCUUUGGGCAGAACUAUCUUAGGUCCCAUUAAGAACAUCAAAUCCAUCAAUAGGUCAGACUUAGUUCAUUAUAUUACUUCAAAUUAUAAGGGUGACAGAAUGGUCUUAGCGGGUGCCGGUGACAUAAACCAUCAAGAUUUAAUUAAACUAGCAGAAAAAUAUUUCGGUCACUUACCAAAGGGCUCUUCUUCACUUGUGAAUAACAUGAACGAUCAAUUGCCUGUUUUUACAAGGGGUGAAAGAUUGAUUGAAAAUUUGACUUUACAAACCACACAUAUAGCAAUUGCAUUAGAAGGUGUCUCAUGGUCUUCUCCCGAUUAUUUUAUCGCAUUGGCAACACAAGCAAUCGUCGGUAAUUGGGAUAGGUCAUUGGGUGCAGGUACUAAUUCUCCUUCUUCUCUAGCAUUCGCUGCAUCAAAUGGUCUAAAGGAAAAUAAUAAUCAACCAUUAGCAAAUUCAUACAUGUCAUUUUCUACUUCAUAUGCAGAUUCGGGUCUAUGGGGUAUGUAUAUUGUUGCAAAUUCUAUGGAACAUAACCCAACUCUAAUAAUAAAAGAAAUAAUAAAAGAAUGGACCAGAAUUAAGAAAGGUGAUUUCACGGAAAUGGAAGUCAACAGAGCUAAGGCUCAACUUAAGGCUGCACUAUUAUUAUCCUUAGAUGGUUCUACACCUGUUGUUGAAGAUAUUGGAAGACAGAUUGUCACUACAGGCCAAAGGCUGUCACCGGAAGAAGUGUUUGAAAAAGUUGAUAAGAUAACCAAAGAUGAUAUUAAGCUGUGGGCUAAUUACAGAUUACAAAACAAGCCUAUUUCGAUGGUCGCAUUAGGAAAUGUCGAUAAUGUACCAAAACUCAAAAAAAUUGAAGCUGAAUUGAAUGCCAUGUAA